GCUCAUGUAUUUCCCUCGGCUUCUUUCGGUUUUCCGACACACCGACACGUAAAUUUUGUUGUAUGCGAGGCGUGCGUGGCUCAAGAGAAGGGGUAGAAAUGUUCCGCUAUUUGGCUUCACUGACCGAUACUAUUAUUAUUAUUACACAAUUAUUUUUAUUAAAAAAUGGGAAAGUGUUGUGCUGUUUAUGGUUGCCUUAGUGGCCGAAAGGCAAGUGAAAAUUCAGGAAAAGUCGCUUUAUUCAUAGCACUAAAAAGCUGUCAAUAGCAACAAGACUUCCCGCUUUUAUUCUAAUUCAUCACAAUAUCGUCUAAGUAUCAGUAUUAUAAAAAAAACUCGGAAUCAUGUCUGAAACAGACGAAAUUACGACAAAAAUUGAAUUUAAGAAGAAAAUACGCAAAUCUAUAAGAAAACGACAAUCAUCAACAGAUGAUGAAUCUAAUGAAAAUCAAGAAAGUUCUGUUAGAGAGAAAGUGGAAGAAACUAAAAUUAUUCAAAAAUUACGUGAAAGACCAAGUGGUGUAAAUAUUGUUGGACUAGCAUUGGGAGAAAAAGUAGAAACUGAUAUAAUGAACUCAGAUCCUUUUAACGUCAAAACUGGAGGAAUGGUAAAUAUGUCUGCUUUGAAAAAUAUAAAACUCAAACAAAAUGAUGCAUAUGAAACUGGUAUUGGUACACAAUUUAAUGCUGAAACUAAUAAAAGAGACGAAGAUGAAGAAAUGGUAAAAUAUAUAGAAGAACAAUUAUCGAAACGUAAAAGUAAAAAUAAAGAUGACACAGAUUCUAAUGCAAGCAAUGAUAAAGGAUCAUAUUGUUCACCAGAAGAAGCUGCAUUACAAGCUGUACCAGAACAUCUUAGACAAAGUUCAGCUCAUCGUAGUGAAGAAAUGCUUUCAAAUCAAAUGCUUUCUGGAAUUCCAGAAGUUGAUCUUGGAAUAGAAGCAAAAAUUCGUAACAUUGAAGCUACUGAAGAGGCAAAAUUGAAAUUACUUUGGGAUAGGCAUAGAAAAAAAGAUGGUCCAUCACAAUUUGUACCAACAAACAUGGCUGUAAAUUUUGUACAACAUAACAGAUUUAAUAUCGAAGAAUCAGAUUUUCAAAAAUCGAGACAGGAUAAUGAUGAGGAUAGAAAAAAAAUUGUAACUCCUAAAGAAGAUUUUAAAGGAAAGCGAAAAGAUAAUGGUGAAAAGGCAACCGAUGACUAUCAUUAUGAGAGAUUUAAAAAACAAUUUAGAAGAUUUUAAAUAUAAUUUUCAAUCAUUUAACAAAAAUAUAUUGAAAAAUCUGUACUUUAUUACCGACUGUGAAAUAUGUACAGCUAUCUAGCGGUAAUAACUAUGACUUUAUCUUACCGACUCGUAAAACAUUUGUCGCCAUCUAGCGGUAUAAGUAUUCUUUAUUUUACCGACUGGUAAAAGUGGUACACCACUGUCAAGGAAUAUAAACAUUCAUAUACAGUACAUAACAUAUAUUCGGUAUUUAUAUGAUAUAUAG